AUGGCUGAUAUAAAAGAAUCUCCACCGCUAUUUGAUACUAAUGAGACGAAAGUUGAUGAUUUAGACGACGACGAUGAAGAUAUUUUUGCAUCGGCAGUACAGGAUCAAAAUCAAUUGGAAGAUUCAUCUCCUUACAAUGGAGUGUCAACUAUUCAAGCAGAAUUGCCAAAGUUAACUUUGCGAGAUGCACCAGAAGAAAAUUCAUUUUCAUCAGUAUCGAGUCCUGCACCAGGACCAUUAAGUUCACCUUUGGGACCAAUGAGUACUGACAUAGGUGAUCUCCAUGACGUUCCCAUAAAUGAUAAUACAGAUGUACUUUCAACAAAUGUUAUGCAACCUCAAUCACCUGAUGUGGUAUUGACAGAUUCUUCUGAUGUUUUCUUGAAAAUCACUGUAACUUCUCCUCAAAAAAUAGGAGAUGGAAUGGGUGCUUAUGUUGCAUAUAAAGUUGAAACAAAAACAAAUAUGCCAAUAUUUAGAAAGAGAAAUUUUAGUGUUAUUAGGCGCUUCAGUGAUUUCCUUGGCCUUCAUGACAAAUUAACAGAUAAAUAUCUUAGAAAUGGAAGAAUAAUACCUCCUGCUCCAGAGAAGAGUGUUAUUGGAACAACCAAAAUUAAAAUGUCUGGUGACAAAAAUCAAGAACAAAAUUCCAGUUCUACAGAAUUUAUUGAAAAACGUAGAGCAGCACUUGAAAGAUAUUUGAAUAGAACUGCAGCUCAUCCAGUCCUCAGUGUUGAUCCUGAUUUUAGAGAAUUUUUAGAAGCUGAUAUGGAAUUACCUAAAGCUACUAAUACAUCUGCACUUAGUGGUAAAGGAGUAAUGAGGUUGUUUAACAAAGUUGGAGAAACUGUUAACAAGAUAACAUAUAAAAUGGAUGAAACUGAUAAAUGGUUUGAAGAGAAGACAUCGCAAAUUGAUUCUCUUGAUGUUCAGUUACGUGCAUUACAUUCUGCUGUUGAUACUUUAACUAAUCAAAGAAGAGAAUUAGCAACAUGUACUGGUGCAACAGCAAGAUCUAUUGCAGUUCUUGGUCAUGGUGAACCAGGAGCAUCUCUUGGAAGGGCAUUAGCUCAAUUAGCUGAAACUUUGGAGAAAGUAGAAGUAAUCAGAAGAGCACAAAGUAAUAGCGAUCUUUAUCAGUUUGGAGAAAUGUUAAGAGAUUAUGUUGCUCUUAUUGGAGCAAUAAAGGAUGUAUUUCACGAAAGAGUGAAAGUUUUUCAAAAUUGGCAACAUGCUCAAAUGAUGUUAAAUAAAAAAAGGGAACAGAAAGCAAGAUUAGAACAAUCUGGAAGAACAGAUAAAACAAGUCAAGCUGCUACUGAAGUAAUAGAGUGGGAAGCAAAAGUUGAUAGAGGGCAAGAAGAAUUUGACAAUAUUUCAAAAAUGAUUAAAAAAGAAGUUGAAAGAUUUGAAUUAGUGAGAGUGGAAGACUUCAAGAAACAGUUAACAGAAUAUUUGGAAUCAAUGUUACAGUACCAAAAUCAACUUAUUAAAUAUUGGGAAAGCUUUUUGCCUGAAGCACGAGCAGUGGCAUGA